GUUUUUCUUGUCUUUUUUUUUUUUCCUUCCAUAUUUAGCCCAUGUCGUUAAGACAUAUUUUAACAAAAAAAGUCGUCGAUGAUGACUGUUCUGAAGAAGUUUUAGAGUCAUUAAUACAAGAAAUACUUCAAAAAAACUUUGAACUUUCCAAUGAAUUAGAAAAGGCACUUUCGAAAAUCAAUCACCUAAGAAAACAGCGCAGCUUCUAAUGAACUCCAAAUCGUUUAUAUAGUGUGCUAUUAGAUAUGAUCGCCAAAUCAAAUAAAACGAACGAUGAUGAUGAUGAUGACGACGACGACGACGACGAUGAUGACGAACUUUAUAGCGAUCUAUCAGCUGGAGAUAUAGAUUCAGGUUUGUCAAGUAGUAGCAGUAGUAGUAGUAGUAGUAGCGAUAGUAGUAGUGAGGAUGAAAUGUCAAAAAAGGAGGAUAUGAAACGAAAUAUAGAACCAUUCAAUGUAUUGAAACGAAAAAAACUUGCUAUAACACAACCUGCUAAACGACAACGAGGGUCCAAACCAAUAUUUGUUCCAAAAGAUAGUAAUGGAAACUAUAUUCUUCCUGUUGUUUUGGGUAAAACAAAGGUUUUAUCGCUAGGUGAGAUUAUCCCUAAAGAAGGAUUUUAUAACCAAAACUAUAUAUUUCCUGUCGGUUAUGCUAUAGAAAGACCUUAUAAAAGUAUGGUAGAUGAAGACAAAUUUACUACGUAUAAAUGUUCUAUUAGCAAAGACGAAAAUGAAAAACCAUUGUUUUGUAUAGAAGCAGAAGAUGCCCCCGAAAUAGAAAUCAAAAAAAAUACACCUACAGCAGCUUGGUCAGAAGUUUUAAGAAGAUCAAAUUUAUUAAGAAAAAAGGAAUUUAAAAAUACAGUGUCAGGACCUGAAUAUUAUGGAUUAUCUUCUACAACGAUAAGAAAGAUGAUUCAAGACUUACCAGGUGCUAAAGAGUGUAUAGGAUAUCAAUGGAUAGACAUUUAAUAUUUAUUAUUAUUAUUAUUAUUUAUAAAGAAAGAAGGAACAAAAAGUUAUUCAUUAAGGAUACUCAUAAAAAAAAAUUAAUUAUUAUUAUAUAUGAAUGUAUAUAUUUAA